AUUUAACUGGCCAGUGGAUUAGGACAUUGUAUUAACGUUUCAAAAAAACUAAAUAGUAGAGAAAUAAAAACAAAAGAUGAAUCGUUUUUUAAACAGUUUGUUUUUCUGUCUUAUCAUUGCAUUACUAUUAAGUCCCAGAACAAGCCCCAAGUUUGAGGGCACUUCCGAGUUUGAGAUAUGAACUUUGUAAGGCAACAAGAGUCAUCGAAUAGUCUUACGCAUCACUAGGUAACAGUAGGGCCUUCACAUUCCAUCCAGUCAGUGAGAGGUGAACUCUGCACAUACACUGGGCAGUCUUUUUCUGUCUCAGUCUUAUUCUGUCAUUCUCUUUGUCUGUCUCUUUCCUCAACAGUUCUCAAUGUCUUGUUCAGUCUCUGUGUUUGUGUCUCUUUCUGUGUCUUUAUUUAUCUCUUUAUCUCUCUUUUUUUUUACAGCUAACUUUGUAUCAUUUCUCUCUCUUCUGUUCCUCUUGCUUAAGGGCAGUGUGUCUGUGUCGCUUCUCUCUUUCUAGUUUUCUCUCUCUUUUUUUAUCCUCACACUCUCCAUAGCUCUCUCUCUCUCUCUCUCUCUCGUGUGUGUGUGUGUGUGUGUCCACCGAUUUCUUCUCGACUGCUUAAAGUCCGCUGAACGACUCAACUGGUACCUGCAAUGCUGUGUGUCAUUCACAACAAAAUCAAAACAAAAACGAACACACAAAAAAAACACCAGAUCGCGCUACUACCACUCCACCCUCGCGCGCUCGGAUUGGCUAAUGCCUAGUGACGGCGCCCCGCGUGUCCCGGCAUCGCUGCCAUUGUAUUGGCUCUACGCCCUGCGCCCAUUGUCUCCACCCCAGAUGCCAGUUAAUUCCUUGCACAGGAGUUAUCUUUUCCUGGGAGGAGUCACCAGGAAACACUAGGAGAGCACCGCCUGGCCCCUUGCGCGGCCCGCAGCACAGCACGGACCAUUCUUUUUUCACUAGCCCCCCUGGUAUUAUUGUCAUUAUUAUUAUUAGAAUUGUUAUUAUCAUCAUUUUUGCGGGGGCUACGGACGGGUGCCUAGGAGAUAGCUCUGGCCGAUUUGAAUCCGCGCAUUGGAUCUGUAGGAUUUUGGACAUUUUGUUUGAAUUUCUAUCUUGUUAAUUCUGGUUUGUGUUUGAGUAACCAUGUCAUUACAGUAACAAGCGAGACUCACACAAGACAGUCAAUCAAUUCCACGACAUAUAAGCAAUCAGUGUUUAUUUCUUCUCGGAGCCGCUGUGGUGAAUUCAUUGGAGUGAUAGUGACAUGCCCGGAGCAGCUCCCUGGAGCGUAACUGGACCCCUGUUUGUUGAGCGUAUAUUCAAUGGAGUAAGUGUCGAGACGGCCAGCCAACUCAGGAGUAUGUCGUCAAAGAGAAAGAACACCCCAACCAAACUCCCCAAAGAAGAAGGUCAGCUAGUACUUGGUCUGAGCUGCUCAGGAUCCUCCUAUGACAUGCUAGAAGAAAACGAAGAAAACGUGGCCCACUCCAACUGUGACACCGACACUGACCAAGAUACUGCCGAGGAAAUCUUAUCUUUGGACAGGGUCAAAGAGCGGCCCCUCCAACAGUGCGACCUUGACGACGGACAUCGAAGCAGGCCCGCUACGGACGGCGAGUCUGAGUCUGAGCAGGAGGAUAGGUCCCGCUUAGACGGACACCACUCGGCACUGCGCCCGCUCUCACCGCCUGCAUCGAAAACGUCGUCUUCGCCACUGUCCGCCCUGUUCCCCAGCCAGAGGCGGUCCAUGGAGACAGUCCUCAAGAGGCUCAACUCCAAAGCCAAUGAUGUCCCGUCUGAAACGACCUUGAACUCUGGUCAGGAAAUUAGUGACAGCCCUAAGGUGAUGGACACCGUGCAGGCAGUGCUGGCAGGGGAAGCUACUCUUAGCGAAAAAGAGAGACAAAUCAGUGAAAUGAUCAACCAUCUUCAGAACAUUCGCGAGAAUCUGAGCAAGCAGAAAGAUCAGGAGCCACAGUUCUCAGCACAAGCCAGCAAGUCAAAAACUGGAGGCAAUCAGUACAAAGACAAGGUAGAGCCUAUCCCAACUCCAGGAAGUCCUGCAUCAAACUUUGCAAGCAACUCCAGCCAGAAAAGUGAAUCUUCAUCUCCGCUAGCUUCCUCAUCACUACCAUAUGCUGUGUAUAGUUCUGUCUCAGCCACAGAUAUGAGACAGACAAGCCCAAAUAUAGCCAGUGGUUCUAGCCCACCAACCAAAUGGACCAGAGAUUUGGAGAGUGUAACCUACAAGCCACUCAUGACCAAAUAUUCCUCCCCUCCUACACCUCCAGACCAGGAUGGCCCACUCAACUUGUCCAAACCCAAAUCAGAGGCCAAGUCAAAAAAUGUUUCAGGAUAUAGUGGCCAAGGCCGCAACUCACAAGAUGAUGGCCAUGGUGCCAUUAAGAGGGAGGCCACAACUCCACCUCCAGCCCAUGCUAAUCACAUCAAGAGACCCACUCCUAACAGCAUCAGCCAGAGUGGCACUAUCCAGUCUGGCAGCAAGUCUAGUAUUCUCUCUCAGCAUCAGCGUCGUUCUCCGCUGAAUUCAUCUCCCAUCCCGGCCACUUCUACUCCAGGACCCACGCCUGUAACCGAAGUUCCUCUCAUGGCCGCUAUACGCCACAAUCCCUUUGGCUUGCCUGCUCAUUAUGUCACCAAUCCGUUUCUGUCUCUUCCCCCAAACUUCCCCUUGGGAAGUCUGGGAACACCCUCACCAUCAGACACAGACAAACUAAUGUAUCUCCACACACAAGAGAGCUAUGUACAAGAACUUCUUGCACGUCAGAUGGCAGCCAGUGUCAGUGGGCCAGUUUUUCCAGGACUGCCUCAUCACUUUCCAAUCUACGCCUCCACUCCAGCCCCGCCAUUACCUACUAUGCCCCAGAUGACAGGUGGCAAAGAUCCUGCCCCUCCAAUGUCUGCCUCAGGGGACGAAAAUCAAAGCAGUUACGUUCAACAUUUACAAAGUAAAAUGUUUGGUGCUAAAAUCAUCCGUUCCCAACGUGAAAAGUCUGACCCUGGGCGACCUCACAUCAAGCGGCCAAUGAAUGCAUUCAUGGUGUGGGCCAGAGAGGAGAGAAGGAAAAUAUUAAAAGCCUGUCCUGACAUGCACAACAGCAACAUCAGUAAAAUACUGGGUGCUAAAUGGAAGAGCAUGUCAAAUGCUGAUAAGCAACCUUAUUAUGAAGAGCAGUCAAGACUCAGUAAACUUCACAUGGAGAAACACCCAGACUACAGAUACAGGCCACGCCCCAGGAAAAACGGGAAGGUGAAAAAGAUGCUUUCUGACAUGCCCCCAUCCCGUGCAGGCAGUGAAGUUGGUGCCUCAUCUGGUACCGCCCUUUCCCUGCCACUGGACAACCAUCAACCUCCUCCUCUUAUGAUUGGGGCACUCUACCCAAACUUACACAUUCUGUCCGAUCAAAGGCCAAGACCCAAGAGAACGUGUAUAGUUGAUGGCAAGAAACUUAGAAUUUCAGAGUACAAAGCAUUAAUGAAGAACAGGAGACAAGACAUCAGAAGAGUCUGGUAUGGUGAUGGCAGCAGCAACUUUCCUGAAGAUGGUGAUGAAGAAGAUAACUCUACAAACUUUGAUUCUGCCUUCUUGCAAAGAGAUAUGGGUUCACCUUCUCACAGCCCCCGUGGAGGAGCCAGUACCUCAUCUCCAUCUCAUGGAGGUGCUAGCCCAAGUCAGAGAAGGUCUGUUUCACCCAGUAACCUGAACGGCAUGGAUCAUAGCUCAGAUGACAGUGGGGAUGAAUCCUUCUCUAACCACCACAACAACAACAUGCCUAACAGCAAGUCUCAUGGACCCAAUUUUUUGUAUGAUGAAAGCAAGAUGACUGCUGCCCAGUUUCCCUUUCACCAUGCCUUGCAACAUUCACAGUCAGCUUCUCUCGGUCUGAGGCUUGAUCUUCCAUUUGCAUCCACUCCUUCUGGUUUACUCAAACCAGAGGCAGGCGUUGUCUUCCCGAAACAAGGGGCUGCGCCUUUCAACCUUUCACUUUCUCAAGAUUCACUGUUAAGUGCAACAGGACGGAGCAUCGGAGACAGUGACAAGAGAAGCCUAGAGACACAUAGUAUUAAACUGGAACCAGUUUUCCCCCACUUAGCCUCAAUGUCAGACACUAAUGGAGCAUCACUAUAGUGUAGUAAUCUCUUAGCUCAAACUUCUGAACUGUAGGCUAUUUUUUUGUUGUUUUUUUUUACAUAACACUUUUUACAAUAAACUCUUAUCUGAAUUUUGACUACCAGAACUGAUCUAAGCUGAUGUGAACAUGAAGAGUUGUGUGUCAAGCUUCAAGCAAGCAAGAUAUUUACAAGAUGUGAUUUCUUGUUUCUGAAUUUAGAAAGUAAAAAGAUUGUAGUUGAGCUAGGAACCCUUCAAACUCAGGCUUUGUCAUGUUCAAUGAAUUCACAAACUAUGUGCACUGCACAAACUAGUUGCUGAAAGAUAUGGACCCAUCCUUCUCAAAGUUGGUGAUUUCAAAUUUUUAAAGUUUUAUUCUAGCUGAAAAAAAAAGGUGAUGUAUUUGCCCUUUAGCAGUCUGUCUGUAAUAUAUAUAUAAAUAUAUUUACAUACAAAUGUAUUUAUAAAAAACAAACCCAAUUAUUCCUUUUAGUACAACGAAUUAAAGCCAAUGUAAACAAAGCUGUUUCUUUUUUAACUAUGAAAGUCUUAAUGUAAAUUUGUCGAACUAUUUUAUAUUCAAUUCUAGACAACAAAGCAAUAAAUUAAAAACUAUCACAGCAAUGAUAAGCAAUAAAGAGCUUAUUUUUUUCUUUUAUAUGUGUAACUCAUUGUCUCAAGAAACAUUGUAUCCAAACAUGAUAUUAAUAUGUUUAUUUAAAGUAACAUGUCCUCAUUUUUUUUUGCCAAUAGCUUGUAAAUUGUUUGGAAAGUAAUUAUAAAAUUAUGUUCAUAAAAUUUAUCUUUUGAAAGAUACAUAUGUAAUAAUAAGCAUAUUAUUUGGCUUUUCUUAUUUAUGGCUAGAAUGGAGAAGUAACAUGGUAAUUUUCAUAAUAUAUUUAGUCUUAAUUAACUCAUCUCUUAAGUGCAGAACUUUUUUUUUUGUUUCCAGAAAAAAAAAGAGUUCAUGUUAAUUUUAAAUUUCAUUUUUUUAGUCAAUUAAUAGGAUAAUAAAUAGUUUAUAGAUUAUAAGCAUUUCAUGUGAUGUAUUCAUAUUUUUAAAUAUUGUACCUGAAUUCUCUAAUUAUGGCUUAAUUAGUCUACCAGAAAUGUCUUAAAACAUUAAGAGAGUCAAAAGGCACUUGGUGAAAUCAAAUGUAUUAUUUUUGUAAUAGAACAACUGCACCUAUUCUGACACGACUACUUCUACUAGAUCAACUAUGUGAAAGAAAUGGCUGUCCACGUGAUUGUGGGACAUUCUAUAAGGCUAAAGAAAUGUAAAUAUGUAGAGCAAUAUCACUGUGCACCUUUAUGCAUCAGAGCUCAUCCUUCAACUGUAAUAAGUUCAAAUGUACAUGCACUUGGUACUAGAAGUAUUGCAAACUAUACAUAAGAUGCAUGCACUUCUAAAAAUGCCAAUAACUUGAUAAUUGGUUUGAUCUCAUAUCAUGUUUUAAUUUUUAAUGCUUUACUAAUAUUUGUUGUUAUUGUUUUGUAUUGUACAGCACAUUUUGAAAAAUAUUUUCUUAUUUAAUGAAUGUCUACCUUUGUUUUUUUAAUCUCUUUAUUCUUAUAAAUCUGAAAGAUAUAAAUUGUCCAUAACGUCUAUCAUUUUUUUUGUGAUAGUGAUAAAAUGCAGUAAUUCAUAAUCAUUUUUAAUGUAAAUAUUCAGUCUAAUUCUUAAUGUCAAUGUUGUUACUUGCUGCAUAGUUUGACUUGCUUUGAAUUAUUCUCCUGUGUGAAUAUUUAUAAAUAGUUAUACAUGAACAUCUUGUAGAAUGAAGUACAAAAUCUUUUUUGUAUCGGGUAAUAAUAAAUAGCAAACACUUUUUUUUUGUUUUUGGUUAUUUUGUUAAAAAUAGAAGGUUGGUAAAUGAGUUUAGAUAGAAUUAAGAUAAUUCUCAUUUUUAAUUUAUCUGAUACAGUAUUUUGGAAAGAUACACUUUGAAAGAUAAAAAAUGUAAAGAUUGAUAUUUUUCUUUGUUUUAUAUAUUUAUUAUUUACUCAAAGUAAUUCAAUGUUUUAUUUCUUGCCUGUACUCUUGGAGAAUGAAAAAUAAAGUGUCAUGUUGAGGUUAUUGUAUAUUUCACCUUUGAAAAUGCAUUUAUAUAGAACCCAAUGUUUCUCUAAAGAUUUCUUCUUCCUAAAACUUUUUCCUUUUCAUAUUAAAAAAAAAAAUGUGAUAAAAUCAUGAACAGAAAGAUUUUUUUUUCUUCAUUAUACAGUUUUAAAAUGAAUUUCAAUAAUCAUGAUCCAAUGGGCUGCCAAAUGAGCCAACCUUAAAUGUAAAUAUGAAACCUUUAAAUUUUUAGGUUGAUCCAUUUAAUAGUUGCAAGAUAUUGAUAUUGUGUUAAGCACACUUGCAAAUAUUAACUAUUUGUGAAAAAAUAGAUAUAUUAGUCAGUGUAAAUAUAAAUGGGCCAAUAAGCAAAAGAAAUAAACUUGAAAUAGAAAUAAACAAGCUACUGGACACAUACAAUAAAUAUAACCUAUUAGACACAGGAAAAAAAUAUAUUUUCAGUAAUAAUAAGUGCAUUAGGACAAGCAAGAAUAUACAGUAUAUGUAAGAACUAUUAGACAUAAAAAAAUAUAUAAACUUUAGGCAUAAGAAAUAAAUUUAAACUUCUAAAUAGCCCACUAUGCAAAUCUUAAAACUGAGUCAGCAAGGCUGUUAUAUAUUGAAACUGAUGCCUAAAGAUCACACUUUUGUCUGUUUUAAAAUAUACAAUGAAUGUUGUAAUAAACAUGUUACAUAUAUAUAUAUAUAUACACAUACUAUACAUAUAUUACAGUUGUAUUCCCUUGCUCACAAUGGUUCUACAUAAUUCAUCUUGCGAAAGAUUUUUGUUGACAUUAAUGUCAUGUAAAAAAUCAAGUAUUAUGUGUUCACAAAUUUGUACUUUUUUUCUGAUUCCAGUUGAACAAUUUAAAAAUAAUUAUUCUGGGGAGCUAAAUAAAAAAUAAUCUUUUUUUUUUUAUAAAUUUUUUUUCUUUUUUUUUUUCCCUGUGAUUAAGUAGCAUGUGAUUUAAGUUUCUAUCAAAUACAAAGUAAAUAAGUCACAGUACUGUCUACAGCUUUAUAUGUUGUUUUUAAAAUACCAUAAAAUGUUUAGAGCUAUUUAUUUUUUGCAGAACCAAUAUUAUUUUAGACAAUAAAAUAGAAAAUAGGUUUGAUUGCAAAUAAUAUAGCUAUGAAUUUUUUUUUUAUUUUUUUUUUUUUUUUUUUUUUUUUUCAAAUUAAAUGAUUUACACAUUGACUUCUAAUAUUUACAUUAACUAUUUUAUAAACGUAAUUUUUUAUGAAAAUCUAAUUAGUGAAUCAAUAAGGGGGGCCUAUGUCUCUAGGAUUAUUGAAUCUUGUCUCAAAUAUAAGUUGAGUCCUUUAACUUGGGUGCAUUGUAUCACAAAAAAAAAAAGAAAUUUAUCAGAAAAUAAGUUAGAUAAACAAGGUAAAUAACUAAGAUGUGCAUUAAUCAUUACAUUUUUUGUGUGAGUGUUUGAGAGAGAGAGAGUGUGUGUGCGCUCUAACGCACAUUAUUUUUUUUAAUGUAAAUUUUGAAAUUGGGUAAUUCUGUGAUAGUGGAUGAAUUCCACUGAGUCUGUAGAGUUUUGAAUUGCUCAUUACAAUGUCACACUGGGUGUUCAAUGGAAUGAAGAGGUUGACCUUCUGACCUCAUGCUUGACAAAACUAACCUUAUUUUUGAACAAUUUUUGUUUUUUUGUUGAUUACUUAUGUCAUUAGUAUCUAAUUUAAUUUUACGCUAUUUGCGAUCAGUUAUAUUUUGUUUUGUAACAAUUAUUUUUCUUGUUUUAUUUGCUUUUUAAUUGUUUUUAUUUAUGUUCUGAAAGAUAUGCAAUAGUCAAUACAGGUUCCAAUAUAUAUAUAUAUAUAGCCUAUAUCUCUAUGACAUAUGCACAUUUCAAGUGUAGAAAGUUGUUUUUUCUUUUUUUAUUUAUUCUUUUCUUUUUUUUUUAACUGCUUGAAUUUUUUUUUAAACAAAUCAUAGAAUUUGUAGAUCUAGAUUUUAGAAAAAAAAAAUUUGUCACAUAUAUUUGGGGGGAUUUUGUUGGGUGAUUUUAGUAAAAAUUUGCUAAUUUAUUGUACCUCUUCACAGAACAUUUUCUGACUCUACAUCAAUAGAUGUCACAUACAAUAGUGUAAGUCAUAGAUUUCGAUGAUCUAUAUUGAUCAUUAUUUAAAAUCCAACUUUGGAUGCAAAUAUUUGUUGACAAACUAGAUCUAGAUCUAAUUAUCUCUAGACUAUUUAACUAAAGAAAUGUUAGUACUCCACAGUAAUAUUUGAAUGUCUCAAAAAAAAAUAUUAUUACUAUUAAUCAUUAUACAUGUACUGUAGUAACAAGACCGCCAUUGUUUAGUGUGGCUUAUUCAUGCUCUCAUUUUUAGACCCUAUAUAGCCAAAAAAUUGCUUGCUAAUUAUUGCAAUAAAAUAAUGAUAAACAAUGAUAAAACGGAAGCCUUUUGAGGGGCUGACUCCUGUCUACUAGUAAUAUUUGUAUCAUGGAAUCAACUUGUUGCUAUAUCUAUCUAUCCAUUGAUGACUAUUUUCCAAUGUCUUAGAAACAUUUUUAAUUGUAUAGGCAUUAUUACUGUGACAUUUUAUAUGCUACAUUUUUUUUUGUAAGUAACUAUGCUGGAAAUAGACAUUAAAACAUUGUUUCCACAUUGCAUAACGUUUAAGUGUUGGUUU